UGGGGGUCUUGCUGGCAGAGUACGAAGAGCGCGUCGUGAACCGAGACCAACCCUCGCGAACCCUCGUCUCGUAACCGAGGGGCCAGUGACUUUCGUAUAAUAUUGUAACACGUGCGCGAAUAAAGUUUAAUUAACAAUUACAUAAUUGAUAAAUGAAUUAAUUGAUUAAUUAAUUGAAGAAAAUAAUACCGCGACGACGAACGUUAUACACGUACUGUAUAUUUUUCUCAUUUCUGCAGAUCAAAUUUCGUUUCAUCAAAACGAAAAAAAAAAUAAAAAUGAAAUUUUCAUCCACCCCCAGCUGCUCUUGUUACUUUACAUCUCCACGGAUCCAAGGAUCUUAAAAAUUCUAUCGGCGAUCCCACGUCUGUCCGUCCGCUUCAGUUGUGACGAAGGUUGAAAACACUUUGCUGAUCAUCGAGUAUAAAUAUUGCAUAAAACAUCGGAAUUACUUCAGUUGUAUGUCUCAAAAUAGAAAGAGGUAAAGAAAGAAGCGCCAAGAGUUAUAAAUUCAAAUUUUAAUGAAAAAAAGUGUUGUCAGUGACGUUGAACGGAUUCAAGUGCCGGUGUUGAAUGUAAUUUAGAGAAAGACUGUAUUAGAUUCGGUUUAGAAUUUAUUACCGUGUAACGAGUUUGGUGAACGAGUGUACGGUUAGAUUACGUUUGCGCGUGAACAUCUACCGUAAGCUUGAAACGAAUUGAUUCGACAAUUUAAUUUGCCGAUAGAUCAAGUUUAUUGAUAUCAACGGUAAGAUAAACCGUGCAGUAAGCCCGGGGAGGACGAGGGUGAUAUUUCGUCCAAUUUAAUCGAACGAAGGGGCGGAAAUUUUUCCCAACUUUCGGGAUACACGCUGUAAUAAAGUACACGGCGAUAUUACCGAGUAAGUGGUCUCUCCCUACACUCAUUUCUGCUCCAUGAUAUCCGAAAAAACGAUAAAGACAGCUCAAUCUUCGUCAAGAAUUUCUUAAACUCUCACCGACGACUUCGUAGCGAAACUGCGGGUUCAGCUCUUACAAUGGAAGCGAAUUAUAUCGUAAAACACUAAACGCUCGAUGUUCUUCUAGGAGGGGAGUCAACGAAACUAAGGCGGAGAUCCCGACAGACAGCGGAUAGAGCUGAGCGGACCUGUCGGGGUGAACUUCGAUUUCGUUUCAUUUCCUACUGUUUUUUCUCUCGUUUCCUUCCGGUGUGUUUCAUUCGGGGGAACGUUUCGGGGAUAUGAAGAGAUUCGGAGGAGAUCCGGUGUACACAGAUAUAUUUAUGCAUAUGGUUGAAUUGCCUGGAAACCCCGCUAGUUAAAUCGUAUUACAAAUCAUUUGGCCGGCAAAUGCAAAUAGGUUUCUUAUAGAAUUUAUGAUAAUAUAUAAUCCAGUUACGGCGAGUAUAGACCAUUACAAGUAUAGCUGGUCUAGGCGACAGACCUAAGGCUUACUGAAUGUUAGAACCUAAACUAUGCCGUGGGAGGCCAUAAUCCACUUAUGCUGUGAACGCUUAGCGGUGUACUAACCAUUCGAACAAGUUCCUUUGCUGGAUUCUUUCACCGUCAUCAUGACAAGAAAGAAACUAUCUGUCUUGAAGAUAGCCUCAUCGUUGUCGUUGGCAUUAGUGAAUUAAUCUGGAAUCGUUGGUGCGAUGUGAUUAUUUCUACGAGAGUUCCCCGUUAUUUUUCGUUUUUCGUCGACUAUGAAAAGGGCUGUUUUAUCAUUUCUUUUUUCAAAGGCAGAAAAAACCUGUAACGAACUACAGGCCUGUUCGCAGUCUUGCCCUGUUAUAAAUCGUCACGCGGACCAGAUGUCACAAGUACUCGAUAACAACGUCGAACGAAAUACCGAUUCGAUUUCCAUGCAAUAACUCGAAGUAAGAAAAAAUUCUUACGCCCGAUCGCAAGAGCAGAGAUACUCUGGUCUCACGAACCAAACCGGGCUAGCACGGUGGCGUAAGGGCAUUCGAAUACGGAGGAAAGAUCGAAGACUUUCCGAAUCUUCUGCGGGAAAGCCUCCCCUACAACGCGCUACAGGAUAUAAGGAGUAUCGCCUAAAAUAAAUAUAUGAUCGGUAUAAUCGCUGGUACUUUGUAUAGCUUCUGUAACCCCGGGACUCGAUUUAAAGUGAAAAGCAUUUGGCGAACAGGCGACGACGACAAUCGGUACCAGGUGAAAGGAACUCUUUAUUUUUCCACGUGAAAAGGUCCUAUUAACGACUAAGAAUACAGUGAAAAUUGCCUCCGCCUCAAACGCGAACAGCUUUUCGAUCCGCGACUUAUCGCCAAAAACCGCUUUUCGAUAUCGAGGUACGGCCAGAGCCAACGACUCGCCUGCACCCCGGCUCCAACCGAUUCUUCCCCCUCUUCUUCUUCGUCUUCUUCUUCUUCUUCUUCUUCGUCUUCGUCUCCGUAUUCUUCUUCUACUUCUACGUUUUUCGCCACCCUUCUUCGAAGUAACGAUAUUAUCGAGGAGCUGGGAACCCCCGGAGAAGAUGUCCCUGCACAACACGCACAACGGGCACUACCCGCCCAUCACAUUGCACAGACGGGAGGAGACAUGAAAUUAUCCGUAUCCGCAUAUCGAGCCCAGGCCAGCGCUCACAAAAAAAUAUUGUGCAGCUAUCAGCACCAGCUGAGCUACGGUGCUACCAGCCAGGCAAGCGGGGGCCCCCGCACUCCGUCCGACCCAGCAGCCGGCCUACCGCAAUUCAAGGUGGAACGGGCGAAGGACGAAACGGGCCGGGCGGGCGGGCUGGCCCCACCAUCUGUCUACGGUCACAAUCCUGGAGUAUCAGGUUCUGGGUCAGGGUCUGGCUCCAAGAUGGUUCUGGGGCCAGAUUCCGGAAGCAGCGCGCCAUCAUCAGUCCCCCAUUCCCUGGCAACUUCGCGAGACGACGAAGACGACGAUGAUGAGGACAGCAGCUCUCGUAGGCACGGGGGUUCGAGGUAUUCAAAAAGGUACAACCUGCACCGGCGGCCUUCGCUACAGAAAUCCAUGAGCAACGGUUUCGGUGCGACGUCAACUUCAAACUCAUUGGAUAGCGCGGGGGAAGCAGCAGGUGCUGAAGCUGCAAAACGACCCCGAAGUACUCGAGGUUCUCAAAAAUGGAGCAACGUACGCGCGGUGAUGACGCUUUAUUCGUCGCUUCGUAAGAUCAAGAGAACGAAAAGUAAUCAACGGUGGAUGAAACUCCGGACUACCGUUCAGCUAUCAUCGGCGAUAUCGACGAUUCAAAAGAAGCCUCCAUUAAAACGCGAAGAUUCAUUUCUAAAGCGAUUCUCGACCCGUCAGAUACCGGAGAGUCAAGAAACUUUGGACACCGCCGAAGGUGAAGGCGAUGCGACCGACGACAAGGAUUCAGGGAGGCGACGGCGAAGACCUCGUAGGCCUCAACGACCUCCAAAGACCGUUGUGAAUCCCGACGAGAACUUUUAUUAUUAUUGGUUGAUGCUUUUAUCGACCUGUGUUCUUUAUAAUUUGUGGACACUUAUAGUAAGACAAAGUCUACCGGAACUUCAGGCACUCGCACCUGCGGCCUGGUUGGCGUGUGACGGAUUUACAGAUAUUGUUUUUUUUCUCGACGUUGGUGUACAGUUCAGAACGGGAUAUUUGGAGCAAGGACUUAUGGUGUAUAACAGUAAAAAGUUAGCAGGACAUUAUUUCAAAUCGAAGUCGUUUAUAUUAGAUCUUCUGGCGCUGCUACCGUUGGAUUUGUUGCAAGUGAAUCUCGGUAGUAAUCCAUUGUUAAGGUUUCCUAGAUUUUUAAAAGUGUAUCGAGUUUACGACUACUAUUACAUGGUGGAGUCGCGGACGGUGUAUCCAAAUUUUUGGAGAGUUUUAAAUCUAAUUCACAUUUUAUUGAUACUCGCUCAUUGGUUCGGCUGUUUCUAUUAUUUGUUAAGCGAAGCCGAGGGCUUCCAAGGCGACUGGGUAUACCCUUACAGGCCAGGGGAAUACGCAACUUUGACGAGAAAAUAUUUGGGAUCACUUUAUUGGUCUACCUUAACAUUGACCACCAUCGGCGACUUGCCCACACCAGAAACUAACGCCGAAUACGUCUUCACCAUUGUCAGCUACCUCAUCGGAGUGUUCAUAUUCGCAACCAUCGUUGGCCAAGUUGGAAACGUAAUAACGAACCGAAACGCCAAUCGUUUGGAGUUCGAAAGGCUCCUGGACGGAGCAAAGACUUAUAUGAGGCAUCAUAAAGUUCCAGGAGGAAUGAAACGGAGAGUUUUAAGAUGGUACGAUUACAGCUGGUCACGCGGAAGAAUUCAAGGUGGAGGCGACAUCAACACGGCUCUUGGAUUACUACCAGAUAAAUUAAAGACUGAACUCGCGUUGCACGUCAAUUUGUCCGUCCUAAAAAAAGUUACCAUUUUUCAGGAAUGUCAACCAGAAUUUCUUCAUGAUUUGGUUCUUAAAAUGAAGGCGUACAUUUUUACCCCCGGUGAUUCGAUAUGUCGAAAAGGUGAAGUUGCCAGGGAAAUGUUCAUCAUUGCUGAUGGAAUAUUGGAAGUUAUCAGCGAAACCGGAAGGAUACUGACAACUAUGAAAGCUGGCGAUUUCUUCGGAGAGAUCGGUAUCCUGAACUUGGACGGCCUGAAUAAGCGUACAGCUGACGUACGAUCAGUUGGUUAUUCGGAAUUGUUCAGCCUUUCUCGGGAAGAUGUUUUAGGAGCAAUGAAGGAUUACCCAGAGGCACAAGAAAUUCUACAAAACUUAGGUAGGAAACGUCUGAUGGAAGUUCAGAGAGUAGCUAGAGCCACGAGACAACCGACAUCCCCCGGGCAUGACUCAUCGGACAAUAGCACAGGGAAGAGGAUUGUUGACAAGUUGAAGAGUGACGUUAAAGGGCUUAAGAACGUCCUUCGCAAAAGUAGGCGAAACACCAGACCGGAGGAAAGUCUCGAAUUACAGCCGUUAGCACCAAAAGCUCCGAUGCUGAGACGCCAAACCAAAGUUGACGACACACACGAAAUAGCAGGAGGAAAUAACGAGCCACCUGUGUCUCCGAUCGGUGCAGGUUUACCGCUCUUGUCCAGAUUGAGGUUGCUGAAGGAGAAACAGGAAAGAGAGGAGAAAAAGAAUUUACUCGAGACACAAAAUGCCGCCGCAGAAGCACAGCCAACGCCAAUACCCGAAGCUCAAAAUCCCACGAACCAAAACCUACCAUUAUUACAAAGGAUACUUUUACUCAAAGCUAAAAACGAUCAAGAACCGCCACCCGACAAGGAAGCAUCCGCUAAGGAACCGUUACUUCCGAAGAAUUCGAUCCCGGAAGAAUCCAUCGAAGUGGAGCAGAACGAGGAGGUGGUUGAAACUACGGAUGCUGGGCCCUCAAAGAAAUCACCGACGGCGUCGACGGAAAGCGCUAUUAUGGGGGGUGUGAAAAAACCGUGGACUAUGCUGAAGGACGCAUCCUUAAAAACUCGAGAUACCAAUAAAGAUGUCGGUACGCCACAAGGCAGCCCUCCGGUGAGAAGGUUACAGCAGAAACAGAACCUUUUACAUAUACGACAACAAACUAAAAUGUAUGCUUCCGUUGACGAUCUGUCCCCCGAGUAUUGCGGGCUGCCUUUUGUUAAAAAGUUAAAAAUUUUGAACGAGAGACAGAAAUUGGCAGAGCUAGAAAAAGCUGUCAGAAGUUCGAGUUUGGAUUGUUCGGAACCAACGGAUAUUGAAUUCGACAGCAAUCUCACUAGAAGUCACUCCGAGGCGUGUGCCAUAGAAUAUGCAAGAAAACUAGCUAAAUUGAAUCAGGAUCGAGCAAACACUUUCCAAAAUCAGCUAUCACCUGAAAAUGAAACUUUAGAACGACGGAAUCUGAAAAGUAUUCUCAAAAAACUAUCGGCCGAAAGUAGGACAGGAAGUUCGGAAACCUCUACGAUGAGUAUUCCAGACAAGAAGACGGCAACUGCCGAAUUACGAAAACUAAUGCGAGCACCGACGAUCGAAGGAUACGCCGCAAGGCAUUCCAAGCUUUCCAAAAGUGUCACCUUCAAUAAAUACACUCUGCAGAGCCCGCCGUCUGAACAGCCGAAUGUCACGGGGAUCGGAGAUCAUCAACACUCUUUAGUUAUACCGGAACCGAAUCCACUCCUACCGCCUCCCAGUAAACUUAACUUCCGUCCAAUAACCAGUGGAAAUAUUCUACAAAUGGUUGCAGGACCACGGGAAGAAGAAUACCUCGGCGAACUAGUUUCAGGAAUUCGUGAAGUAAUUCAAGCUCGAUUAGAAGAUAUUCAAAGCAAAUUUGAACGUCAGUUUACUUCGUUGGAGUCAGAGAUUCGAAAACGGGACGAAAUUAUUUCUCAACUACAGGCAAGAAUUCUGGAAUUGGAACAUCGUGAAAUCCCGCACAUGGAUGAAUCUCGAGACAGCACGGAGCCAGACACAUCAAUGGAAGAAGAUAUAGCCGAAGACCACCCAUUUAUGCGCGAUGGAUCGGUAGACACUGUAUUGACAGCCCAGCCGCAACUCAGACGUUCGACAUCUUUGGCGCCGUCGUAUAACAGAAGAUCUUGGGAAGAUCAUUCGGAAGAAGAAACGCUGCAGUUGCAAGAUUUACCAAGAUCACUUAGCCCACAAUCAUUGUGGAGAGAUGACGUUAUCAUAGAUGUUGAAUUGAAUAAUGAAGCUUCGAGUAAUUCAGAGAGUAACAGGAAUCGAGAUUGUCGAAGCGACGACAGCGAAGAAGAUGAACGAAAUGACAUCGAUGACGACGACGACGACGAUGACGAGGACGACGUACAUAAUAAUUGGGAGGUGGCAAUGCUAGCUCAAGAAUUGGAGGCAAGGAGAAAAAGUAGCGAAGGAUCUAGUCCAGGUUCCUAGCCCAUCAAUGAAAUUUUAGAAGUAAUACAUUAUUAUACAAAUACAAUAAAUUCCAGAAAACAGCCAUGCUCUUUGAAACGGCGUAGUGCAGCUUUUUGCAAUGACAUUUAUCCUUGCGUGCGUUGCAAGGAUAAGCAUAAUUCUCCCGAAACUCUGCUUUGAGAAUUUUUUUUAAGGCAACAAAGAAAUUUACAUAGCUUUAAAAGUUGUCCUGUGAUUUGUAUAUUUUAGUAUCAUUAGAUAUAAUACCUAUAUGACACUUGUAUCUUUUCACAUGUACAGUGUCAAUCUUACGUGAAAAAACUAACAUUGUUUUCAAAACUAAUUGGGUCGAUAAAUCACCUAUUGCAAUUGCGAGUUAUUUAUUUACAAGCAUACCAUUGGGCGAAUACUUCGACACGUUUAUCCCCUCUGUGUGUAAUGUAUACCUAUGAACACGCAAGGUCAUGAAGAAUUCAUAAAACUUAUCGAAUAUUUAUCACGUAAUGUAUAAUGGUAUACGUACUACAUUCAUAUUCCUCUCCACGCAUGUAUUCGUAUCUUAUAAUUAUAUUAUAGCCUCAUGGGCAGGUAUUGCAUUAUUAAAUGGCUUAAAUAAGCAGUCAAAAUCCACAAGUGAAAUGUGCCAGAAAUUACGACGAAAAUAUCUUACGAUUUGGCUCAAUUAGAAUUAGAUUUGAGCAAGACAAGAAAAAAACUAGAUAAUAAUUAUUAUGUGAUUCAUCUGUUACUAAAUUAAUGUGCCAAAAUUGUACCAAAAUACUUUGUAUAACUAUACAUAAUUCUAUUACCAAUUUAUCAAACCACGAUAAGGGGAAUGAAGAGGAUUUCAUAUAGUUGAUAUAAAAAAAAAUUUCUUCGUAAAAAACGCUAAAACGAACUGGUUUUUUUUGGAAAAAGUUGCACUACGAUACAAAAAAAAAAGAUUAUCAAGAAACUUACUAUGAACAAAAUAGAAAUAAUUUUAAAUACAAAUAUAAAAUAAUUGAAGCAGAGAAAGAUAAUAUAAAAUAAAAUAUAUUAUGUAUACUGACCAGACCAAGCUCAAUAUUUCUAGAGUCUUUACAAAACACACUAAAUUGAAUAAAUAAUAAAGAAAUGAAUAAACAAAUGAAUAAUUGAAUAAUAAAAUAUAUAAAUAAUUAUUGCUAAGUAAAUUAAAUUAUUUAAAAGAUAAAAAAAAAAUUAUCAAAAACUUGUAAAUACUAGCCUAUUAUUUAUUUAUUGAUAUAAGUAAGAGAGAAAGGUCUAAUGGACACAGAGUGCAUUUUAGAUGCUCAUAUUAUAUGUAUACCUCGAUGCAGAUGAAAAAAUAUACAAUAAAGUAAUAACAUUGUUUUCA